AUGGAAAAUAACAAGAUUGUGACACCGAAGAACUUUAUGAAGUCUCAGGCCCAAAAGAGGCGCCGGUUAAAUGACAGGCACUCAGCAGUAUCACUUGACAUCAUUGCGACAAGCUUUGACGGUCAGCGUAUCAUAUGGUCAAUGCAAGAGUACCGAAAGCUCCACCUCUAUCCUGAGAUCCAUGCUGAGAAGAAGUCCCCAUCACGCAAACCAACUGCAAAGGAACUCGCUCAUGCUCAGGCUUUAGUUGACGAAUUUGUCCCGUUUACACAUGGGAAAGUUAUCUUGAUGGACAAAAUCAAAGGGAAAGUUCUUGCAGUAAUAGAGUUCAUACCAAUUUCCAAACUAACAGCUAAGGAGAAGGUUGAAAUCAAUCGAAUCACCACUUUCCUUCACAAAUGGAAGAAGUUCGUCUAUCCAAUUGCCGCAGGACGUGGAUGGGGGGGGGGAGAAUGUGGGGUAUCGGUUGGCGCAAGUGUAUGA